GCUCCUGGACGAGCCUCCUGAGUCUCCCGUGGGUCCCCGCCCCCGUCACGUGGGCUCCGGACGCGGCCGCUGCCGGUCGGUCCGCUGGUUGGUCGGUUAGUUGGUCGGUGGGUCAGUGGCCUGCUGUUCGUUUCUCGGCUCUCAUGUUCGGAGGUGGGGGGGACAAGUGAAAGGCCCGCACACCUGAGCUGUCCGGAGAGGAGCCCCGCACUCAGUAGGAGGAGAGGAAGGAGAGAAAAGGACUCAUGGCUUCAGAGGCCAGUCAUGUGCUAGAAGCUGCCCUGGAGCAGAUGGACGGAAUCAUCGCAGGAACUAAAACAGGGGCAGAUAUUAGCGAUGGUACCUGUGAGCCUGGACCGGCCUCCCCAGCCUCCUACAUGAACCCCUUCCCGGUGCUCCAUCUCGUUGAGGACUUGAGGCUGGCCUUGGAGAUGCUGGAGCAUCCUCAGGAGAGGGCAGCCCUCCUGAGCCAGAUCCCGGGCCCCACAGCUGCCUACAUAAAGGAGUGGUUCAAGGAGAGCUCGUCCCAGGUAAAUCACCACAGUGCUGCUGCUAAUGAAACGUACCAGGAACGCUUAGCACGCCUAGAAGGAGAUAAGGAGUCCCUCAUAUUACAGGUGAGUGUCCUCACAGACCAAGUAGAAGCCCAGGGAGAGAAGAUUCGGGACCUGGAAGUGUGUCUGGAAGGGCACCAGGUGAAACUCAAUGCUGCCGAAGAGAUGCUUCAACAGGAGCUACUAAGUCGUACAUCUCUUGAGACCCAGAAGCUCAAUCUGAUGACCGAAGUGUCUGAGCUGAAGCUCAAGCUGGUGGGCAUGGAGAAGGAACAGAAGGAGCAGGAGGAGAAGCAGAAAAAAGCAGAGUCGGUUCUGAAUGUGAUCAGUGAGCUGCAGGAGCAGAUGUGUAGGCUGCAGUUGGACAUCCACAGGCAGAUGCAAGAGCGCCUCUCCCUCAGUAGGGACUACCCUGAGGAGGUGGCGGCCGGCGACGGUGCGGCCCGGCCCCAGCCCUGCGGCCAGGACUGUGCCCACGGGGAGGGGUCACCUGAGUUACUGCAGGAGCUACGGCACCUUAAAAUCAAGGUGGAAGAGUUGGAAAAUGAACGGAAUCAGUAUGAAUGGAAACUGAAGGCCACCAAGGCGGAGGUAGCCCAGCUGCAAGAGCAGGUGGCCCUGAAGGAUGCAGAAAUUGAGCGUCUGCACAGCCAGCUCUCCAGGUCAGCAGCUCUGCACAGUGACCACGCAGAAAAAGACCAAGAAAUUCAACGUCUGAAAAUGGGGAUGGAAACUUUGCUUGUUGCCAAUGAAGACAAGGACCGUCGGAUAGAGGAGCUUACUGGGCUGUUAAACCAGUACCGAAGGGUGAAUGAGAUCGUGAUGGCAACCCAAGGGCCUUCAGAAAGAACUCUCUCCGUCAAUGAGGAAGAACUGGAGGGAGGCUUCAGGAACUGGAACACUGCAAAUAAAGGCCCCGAAGACCUAUUUAAAUCAGAGGUGUCUCCAAGAGGCAGCUCUCCCACGGCGGGGCCACCCCCGCUACCGCAGAAAUCACUGGAAACCAGGACUCAGAAAAAACUCUCCUGUAGUCUCGAAGACUUGAGAAGUGAAUCUGUGGAUAAGUGUGUCGGUGGGAACCAGCCCUCCCCCGUGGUAGAACCCAAGGAUGGCCCUUUCCUGGCGGAGCACAAGUACCCCACGUUACCUGGGAAGCUUCCGGGAGCCACGCCCAAUGGAGAGCCUGCCAAGUCUCCACCCGCCGCCUCCCCUGUGGACCCCGCAGGGAGCAGCCCGCUGAGGCUGAACCGUGGCCGGAGUGUCAGUGCCCCCGUAUUAGGAGACACAGAAAGUGGCUGGGACGACACUGCCGUGGCCAAUGACUCAUCCAUGUCAUCGGGCACCGAGUCCAGCCCCCAGUCUCCCCUGACACCAGAUGGUAAACGGAGCCCCAAAGGCAUCAAGAAGUUCUGGGGAAAGAUCCGAAGGACUCAGUCAGGAAACUUCAACACUGAUGCCCCAGGGGUGGCCGAGUUUCGACGAGGUGGGCUCCGGGCAACUGCAGGGCCAAGACUGUCCAGGACCAGAGACCCCAAGGCUCAGAAAAGUGACGCCAACGCCCCCUUUGCCCAAUGGAGCACGGAGCGUGUAUGCACGUGGCUGGAGGACUUCGGCCUGGCUCAGUAUGUGAUCUUUGCGAGGCAAUGGGUGACUUCUGGCCACACUUUACUGACAGCUACCCCUCAGGACAUGGAAAAGGAGCUGGGAAUUAAGCACCCACUUCACAGGAAAAAGCUGGUUUUAGCAGUGAAAGCCAUCAACACUAAGCAGGAGGAGAAGUCUGCACUGCUGGACCACAUUUGGGUAACACGUUGGCUUGAUGACAUUGGCUUACCCCAGUACAAAGACCAGUUUCAUGAAUCCAGAGUUGAUGGGCGAAUGCUGCAGUACCUGACGGUGAAUGAUCUCCUCUUCCUAAAAGUCACCAGCCAGCUACAUCAUCUCAGCAUCAAAUGUGCCAUUCACGUGCUGCACGUCAACAAGUUCAACCCUCACUGCCUGCACCGGCGGCCGGCUGAUGAGAGUAACCUCUCUCCUUCAGAAGUUGUGCAGUGGUCCAACCACAGGGUGAUGGAGUGGUUGCGGUCCGUGGACCUAGCAGAAUAUGCGCCCAACCUUCGUGGGAGUGGCGUCCAUGGAGGGCUCAUUAUCCUAGAGCCACGCUUCACAGGGGACACCCUGGCCAUGCUUCUCAACAUCCCGCCACAAAAGACGCUCCUCAGACGUCACCUGACCACCAAAUUCAAUGCCUUGAUUGGCCCUGAGGCUGAGCAGGAGAAGCGAGAGAAAAUGACCUCACCUGCUUACACACCACUGACCACCACAGCCAAAGUCCGGCCAAGGAAGCUGGGAUUUUCACAUUUUGGAAACAUAAGAAAAAAGAAGUUUGAUGAGUCAACGGACUACAUUUGCCCAAUGGAGCCCGGCAACAGUGUCGGUGAUGGUCACAGGGCCUACAGUGGCGCCCGGGGCCUCAGCACCCUCGAUGCCCCUGAACUGGACGGGUUGGAGCAGAUGGCACCUUCGGAAGGCACCGUGACGCAGAUAGGGCUCCUCUCCCAAGACAUUCACCGCCUCACGACGAUGCUGAGCCAGGACCAGCUGCUGACCGACUCCCGCCUGGCCACUCCCAGAUCUGAGGACUGGAGAUGACUCUCUUCAUGGCUGGCAGCCCAGAGAGGCACGUGUGUGGGUCCCGAGUCCGCUUCGAUGGGAAGCUCGCCCACGGCCACCCACAGAGCCCAGACUGGGCCCCAGGGCAUCUCCGACGUGGGUGCUGACAGGACAAUGCGAGGCUGUGGAACAGAUGUCCACAAGGUGGCCCACAGGUUUUUAAUCUGUGCUGUGCUCUCCACCACAGCUUUUGUACUUUUUGUACUUUUAUAAGUGGACUGUAGAGCACUUUUGCAGGGAGGGCAGUGAGAUGCCCACACACACUCAAUGACUCACGCCAUCCCUAGCAACAGCCGGGGGCACUUACACCAAAGGGGAAGGGCUGUGAGUCACAAAAGCUUUGCUGGAAAAAAAAAUUCUGAAUGUUCUGAGCUGACUGAAGGGAUAGGAAGCCCCCUCCGUGACUGCUUCCGUAUGAAAGCUUGUAGUGCAUUUCUGUUCCCAGGAACCUGGCUGGAGUGACAGCAGGGAAGGAGGAUUGGACUCCCUUGACAAGGCUGCCCUUUUCUGCAGUGGUGUCUCAGGUUCUCAGGGCUGCGGGGCCUCCCAGCACCUGAGCAGACAUCUCUGCAGCCUUUCCCUUGUCAGCCUCAGAGGCAAUUUAUCUAUCUGAUCAAACAGCUCCCUCGAGUGGAAGGCCCUUUCCAUUGCAAGACAUCUCAGGUAUGUCCUACCUCAGGGAGAGGCGCCUGCUCAGCGGCCACACCUCACCCUCCCAACCAGCCUUGCCCCCUGAGCAACGGCCCUAACUCCUCCCUGUGGCGGUGCUAGCUCUGGCCUCAUCUCUCUAACUUCCUCGGGGGCGGCGGGGUGGGGGGGGUCUCCCACUUGGUCCCCUCUGGGUGUUCUCUGUACCAUCCCUGGAGGUGCCUCCCCAAAGCACUGUUUUCAUCCUGCUGAGAACUCAGUGCUGCAACCACCAUAGGUUAGCCUUCAAAAGCCUCAGCACCCAAGACCCCUCUGAAUCUUCAGCAUUCGUGAGCCCGUGCUCCAGCCUUGGCUCCUGCCUUUCCCUCACCGGAAUGUAGUUUUCUCCUCCUCCCUGUCACGAGGCUGAAUCCUGUCUGCCGAGGUGCAGAUCAGCCCAGCCUCUUUCAGGAGGCUUUCACUGAGGGUUGGAGGUCCCCACCCCAGGGUGCUGUCUGACCUGAGCACCGGCUACAGACAGGCCCCUGCAGACAAGAGUAAGGCCCUUCCCCAU